AUGGGCCUGCUACAAAUUAUCAAAGAACAGAAGUUGAAAGACAAUUCACGAAGAGUACUAUUGCUCGGGUUGGAUAACAGCGGGAAGACUACAGUCCUAAAUCAGCUAUUGAAUGAACCUAUAGAUAAGAUCCAGCCCACGAUAGGAUUCCAAAUCAAGACUUUGAAACUAAGCAACAAGGUUCUACAGAUGUGGGAUAUCGGCGGUCAGAAGACAUUAAGGCCAUUCUGGUUUAACUAUUUCGAGAAAACCGAUUACUUGAUAUGGGUAAUAGAUAUCUUGGAUAACAGACUCAUGGAGAGUUUAACCUUAUUAGAAGAGAUUGUACAAGAGAAUGACAGAAUCAACUUACAAUUCGAGGUAUUCAUCCUAUUAAAUAAGAUUGACCUACUUCCGAAGGGUAAUGGUAACGGCCUUAAUGAUGACGAUACCUUACAGAAGAAAGUAGAUCACGUGAAAAUGAUAACAUCACGUACCCUACAGAUGGAUCCAGAAAGUGUGCGGGUAAUACCUACAAGCGGGGUGAAUGGAACUGGAUUGGACCAGCUAAUAACGUUACUAGAGGACAAAUGA